AUGGGCACCAUCCUCCUCCCCCACCUCAUCACAGGCUGGCACGUCGACCAAGCCAUCCUCAGCGAAGACAACCGCCUCGUCGUCAUCCGCUUCGGCGACCCCAACAACAACCCCGACCUCGACAUCAUGGACGAAGUCCUCUCCAAAGUAGCGCCCCUGGUCCAAAAAUGGGCCGUAAUCUACGUAUGCGAUAUAUCCAAAGUCCCCGACUUUAACCACAUGUACGAAUUAAACACGAAUGAAGAGCCCUUUGCAGUCAUGUUCUUCUUUAGAAAUAAACAUAUCAUGUGCGAUUUCGGAACCGGCAAUAACAAUAAGAUGAAUUUCGUGGAGAGGAAUAGGCAGGAUGUGGUUAAUAUUUUGGAGGCAGUGUAUCGGGGUGCUACCAAGGGUAAAGGUCAAGUGAAUAGUCCAAAAGGUAAGAAUCUCCUCUCCAAUGAGCGCACAAUGAUUCGCUAA